CCGGGCCUGGUUUCAGCGGACAAAUAUACAUAACUUACUGUGAUGAUGGUGGACAUUGUUUGCUGGGCUGUGAAAAAUGGUUCUGCGGGCCGAAACCUGUUGUUAAUCGCGAAUGCCAGUUCAGAAGAUGAUCAAUUCUGGCCAUUUCUUCAAGGUUUGAGAUAUAGAGGUUUCAAACUUUUUGCAACAAUCCCUGAUAGGACUUUACCUGAUGAUGAAUGUCUGACGGCGGGCAUAGAAGAUACUGGUUCUGAUGACUAA